AUGGAAAAUUCUACAGGGAUCGGGAAUGAACCGCUGCUGGUGGAGAAAAAACGCGGGAAAUGGAAUAAAGUGUUCGAUAAAGAAGACAAGGAUUAUCUAGAACGCGCAUUCGCAGUCAACCCGUACCCAUCAAAAGAAGAUGUCGAACAUUUCACAAAAACGACUGAAAAAACUUGUGCGCAGAUCCGAACUUGGUUCAGUUUCAGAAGACAGACCGAAAAGAAGGUGAAUCCUGAAUUUGCACAAUUGAAAGAAUCGAAGGUGAAGAUGCAUCCUGCUGAAAUGUUCACUGAGGACGAUUUCAAUUUUUUGAAACGAGCCUUUGAUGAGAAUUCGUAUCCUUCCAAGGAGGAUAUCGACAGUUUCAAUAAAAAUUCAAAAGCUGCAGAAGGAAAUCAAAGCCUUAAACAAGCCGUCAGAGAUAGUGAAGCAGGCCAAGAAGAUAAAGACAACAACGACUACGAAAGCGACGAUUCGGACUACGAAAUAAUCCAGACACGCUUAACACAAGUGACCUUCCACCCCGACUAUAAACAAGUUUACAAAACACCCGAAGGAGAAUUUUUGCAUGUUAAAGAACGCGAUCUCGUUUUCGAAGAUAAAUAA